UAAAUAUUUAAAUUUAUAGAGUAAAUUUUGUAAUGGUAUCCUACAGAUCAUUCCGGGAGUUUCGCUAGAAUUUGCCAAUUUGGUGAUCAAAUUUCUCCAACUGAAAACCGCUUGAACCUUGAAAGUCUAAGGCUAGUACAAGUUUUCACUGUGUGACUAAAUGGGUUUUUAAGACAGGCCCUCAUUUGUUGGAUACUAAUGGCCUCUAAUGGUGUGGAAGAGCCCUUGCUGUCAGGAAUGGUAGAUCCUUCAGUUCAAACCAAAAAGAAAAAUUCUCUGAAGAGAAGAAGAUAUCGCCAUUGUAAAAGUGCUCCUCUUGCAGAGUUUGUUCCUCCAGAAACGAAAGGGAUUGGCCAGAUUCCACGCACCGAAUCCAUUCUUGGGAAGCUACAUCCAAGUUUUAAGCAAGUAGCCAUAUUCUUGGCUGUUUACUUAGGUGUAGGAGCUGUAACGUUCCUUCUUGUUAGGAACCAGAUUGAGGGGAAGAAAACAGUUGGAUUUCUUGAUGCUGUGUAUUUUUGUAUCGUGACAAUGACAACUGUUGGGUAUGGAGACCUGGUUCCUGAUAGUACCCUUACAAAACUACUUGCUUGUGCCUUUGUUUUCACUGGAAUGGCUCUGAUUGGACUAAUCCUGAGCAAAGCAGCAGACUAUUUGGUAGAGAAGCAAGAAACAUUACUUGUUAAGGCCUUACAUAUGAGUCAUAAUGUUGGUACCACUGAAAUUCUAAAAGAGGUAGAGACCAACAAAGUGAGAUAUAAAUGUUUAACAGUCUUUAUCCUUCUUUUGGUGCUUAUAAUUAUUGGGACAAUCUUCCUAGCUACUGUUGAGAAAUUAGACCUUGUUGAUGCGUUUUAUUGUGUAUGUGCUACCAUCACAACCCUGGGCUAUGGAGAUAAGAGUUUCUCAACAGAAGUGGGGCGUGCUUUUGCAGUAAUUUGGAUAUUGACUAGCACUAUUACCUUAGCUCAGUUUUUUCUCUACAUUGCUGAGCUUAACACUGAAAGGAGACAAAGGGCACUGGCCAAUUGGGUUCGCACUCGGAAGAUGACUAGUGCAGAUCUUGAAGCAGCUGAUAUAGACGAUGAUGGGGUUGUUGAUGCUUCAGACUUCAUCAUAUAUAAACUGAAAGAGAUGGGGAAGAUAAGUCAAGAUGAUAUUUCACUGUUACUAGAAGAGUUUGAAGAUCUGGAUGUUGAUCAGUCAGGAACUCUGUCUGUGUCUGACAUAACGCUUGCUCAGUCUUAACCAGAGAGGUGGCCGUGGCCAUCCAUCACAAACUGGUAACAGAUUGUGUACUGUAUACAUACAUUUGAAAAGAGACGUGAAGUAAUGUAAGAGUUAAUAACCUUGUAAGUUUGUACGUCAAAUUUUGUUUAUCAAUAUAUCACAUUCAUGGCUCUUUACACAA